GCUUGCUUAAAUAUAACAAGAGUUUCUGGAAACGUCACUACAGAAGACGUUAGUGAAAAGAAGCUGGAAGAGGUGGCUGGGACUCUAAAUAUGCAUUUCUGUAGCUGUGCACUCAUUGCACUGUUGCUCGCUGUAGCCUCGGCAGACCACCAUCUCCACCAUAACCGUGGUUCUGAAGACCAUAUGAGCUGCCACAAGCUCUCUGCUCCUAAUGCCGCCUUUGCCUUUGCCUUCUACAAACGUCUGAAUGCGAGGACUGCUGCUGGAAACAACAUUUUCUUCUCACCACUGGGCAUCUCCACUGCCCUGUCCGUACUGUCUACUGGGGCCUGUGGUGAAACCCACAGCCAGCUGUUCUCCAGCCUGGGCUACUCUACCUUAAACCAGACUCAGGUCAAUGAAGCCUACCAACAUCUUUUCCACAUGCUUGGAGAAAGCCAGGAGAACCAAAAGCUGGAUGUUGGCAAUACUGUUGCAGUGCACUCUGGUUUCAGUCCUCUGGAGAGGUUUCUGAAUGAUGUCAAGCAGCAUUACUCUGGUGAAGUCUUGCAAAUCAACUUUACUAACCCUGCUGAGGCAGCAGAUAAAAUCAACAGACACAUUGCCAAUAAAACACAGGACAAGAUCAAAGAUAUGGUGAACGAUGUUGACCGUGAAACGAUGAUGAUGCUCAUUAACUAUGUCUAUUUUAAAGGAUACUGGGAGGACCCAUUUGAUAGAGAAUGGACACGUAAGGACAACUUCCACGUUGACGGCAGUACCAAAGUUCAGGUUGACAUGAUGAUGAGGACGGGUUACUAUGAGAUCUAUGAGGAUGCAGUUAACCACGCUAGCAUCAUCAUGCUGCCAUACAAGAGUAACACCUCUAUGAUGAUUGUCCUUCCUGAUAAAGGCUGGAUGAAGACUGUGGAGAGAAACAUCAACAAGGACCACAUAAGAAAGUGGCAAAACUCAGCAUCUAUGAUGUAUAUAGAUCUUUGGAUGCCAAAAUUUUCUAUAACCGCUGAUGCCUCAUUGAAGAACAUAUUGCAGGAAAUGGGCGUAACCAGUGCCUUUGAGAACCAUGCCGAUUUCUCUGGUCUGUCCAAUGACAGUCAGCUCAAAGUCUCGAAGGCAUCUCACAAGGCCACGCUUAGUGUCACUGAGAUGGGAACAGAGGCAGCAGCCGUCAGCAUCUUUGAAUUAAUCCUAACGAUGGUGCCACCAACAAUCAAAAUUGACAGGCCGUUCUUGGUUUUCAUUUUAGAAAACUCCACUAAAAGCAUCCUCUUCAUGGGAAAGAUCAACAAUCCAUCAGCUUCAUAA